GGAAUCCAGGGUGGGAGGCUGGAGGCCUGAGAGAAGGCCAGGGGUCGGUGCCAAAGGCGGCCAGGUCCGGCCUCCGCAGCAUCUGUUCACUCAGCCUGCGCAUUGGUCUUCCUGCCCACCCGGUGUGGCCUCCGGUCAGGUGCUUCGCAAAUUCGCAGCCGUGAGCAUCAUUCCAGGCUCGCCAUCAUGGAUACUCUUUCAGAAGCAAAUGGCACCUUUGCCUUAAGUCUGCUGAAAAAGCUGGGUGAAGACAACUCAAAAAAUGUGUUUUUCUCGCCCAUGAGCAUCUCUUCUGCCCUGUCCAUGGUCUUCAUGGGCGCCAAGGGAAACACUGCCACCCAGAUGGCCCAGGCACUUUCUUUAAGUAAGAGCAGCGGAGGAGGUGACGUUCACCAAGGGUUCCAGUCUCUUCUUACGGAAAUCAACAGGACUGACACGCGGUACUUGCUUAGAACUGCCAACAGGCUCUUUGGAGAGAAGUCUUAUGAUUUCCUCUCAUCAUUCAAAGACUCCUGCCAUAAAUUCUACCAGGCAGAGAUGGAAGAGGUUGACUUUAUCAAUGCUACAGAAGAGUCCAGAGAACACAUCAACACCUGGGUAGCUGAUAAGACGGAAGGUAAAAUUACACAGUUGUUAUCUUCAGGUUCAGUCGACCCAAUGACGAGUCUGAUUCUCGUGAAUGCCAUCUAUUUCAAAGGAAACUGGGAUAGUCAGUUUAACAAAAGGCAGACCAUGGAAAGACCCUUUAAAGUCAGCAAGAAUGAGGAGAAACCUGUGCAAAUGAUGUUUAAAAAAUCCACCUUUAAAAUGACCUAUAUCGGAGAAAUAUUCACCCAGAUUCUGGUGCUUCCCUAUGUGGGCAAAGAGCUGAAUAUGAUCAUCAUGCUUCCAGAUGAAAACACUGAUUUGAAAACGGUGGAGAAAGAAAUCACUUAUGAGAAAUUCACAGAAUGGACGAGGCCAGACAUGUUGGAUGAAGAAGAGGUGGAAGUGUUCCUCCCUAGAUUCAAACUGGAGGAGAAUUACGAUAUGGGGAACAUCCUUUGUGCUCUGGGCAUGACCGACGCCUUCGAUCAGGGGAAGGCAGACUUUUCUGGAAUGUCGUCCAGGAAAGACCUCUAUCUGUCCAAAGUGGUGCACAAGUCUUUUGUGGAAGUCAAUGAGGAAGGCACGGAGGCCGCGGCCGCCACUGCGGCCAUCAUGAUGUUGCGAUGUGCGAGAAUCAUGCCCAGGUUCUGCGCCGACCACCCCUUCCUUUUCUUCAUCCAGCACAGCAAAACCAACAGUAUCCUGUUCUGUGGCCGAUUCUCCUCCCCGUAAGGAGAUGGUGGGCGCUGUACACGGUCCUUCUCCUCCCUCCUACUGACCUACUUUUUCUCUGACACUUCACAAUGUGCCUACAAUGCAAAGUGACCUUUGGUGACAAUCCAAAAAUAAAAGGCCCAGUUUUGAAAUCCCA